CGGGCUUUCCCUCCGGGUCACCGCCGCCACCGCAGCACCCAGGAGACAGUCGCGCACAACGGUGCAAAUGCUGCGAGCGGCGGCGUCAAGGUGCGCCCGCAGCGCCGUCAGGCGGCUGUCGUCGGCGGCGGAGGCGUCCCUGGUCGCCGCGGCAGCGCGGCGGCAGCGUCCCCUCGACGAUGGGGACUGGUCGUACUACCGGGAGUGGUGGGGCGAAGACGACGGUCCCGGCGAGGGGGCGCACACCGUCUUCCGCUGCCACUCUGAGUGCGGCAACGGCGUCGUUUCCGUCGCCGCCUACCCCGCUUCCCGCCCGGCCAAUGAGCAGUGGCCAGCAGUGGAAAGAUGGCUUCAAGAAAGAAAUGCGAGAUUAUACCCAGAAUCAACUGGAGCUGACCAGUUUAAGAUCCUAGGUUACCAGUGGCGAGUAAUGCGUUUUAAUGAUCAUACACGGCAAAGCACUGUAAAAGUAAUGACCUGUUACAGGAGGUCAGGUCACACGUCAUUAUACUUGAUGCAGCAACCACAUUGUUUAGCUGUUCCUUAUGUCAAGAGCAUGGUAUCAGCAGGAUUGACGGCACUUACUUGUUCUUCUUAUGAUCUCCCCAGAGCAGCAUCUGGACAGAAUACGAUGAAAAUUUUGUGCAUCGGCCAUGGUGGCGGCAACUUACCCUUGUUUUUGGCUAGCAAAUUCAGAGGUGCUGCCAUCCACAUUGUGGAAAUCGAUCCAGUUGUUGUAUCAGCUUCCAUUGAAUCCAUGGGUUUCCCUGCAUCAUCUGUGAAAGGGUUAUCAUCCCAAUACAUGCAGCCUGCUGAUGCUGAUGAGCUAUUAUGGGGAGGCAUACAUGACCGCCUUUUUCUCCACAUAGCUGAUGCUGAGGAUUUCAUUGCCAAUGACAGCAAUCUAUAUGAUAUAGUCUUCAUUGAUGCCUACGAUGGAGAUGACAUAUUUCCUCACAAGCUCUGGGAUGUCGAUGGAACAUUCAUGAAGAACCUUGAGAAGAAAGUCCAUCCUGUUCAUGGCACCGUGGUCGUGAACCUCCAUUCCGAUUCUGAGCUGUCAGCUUCUGAUGCGGAAAACAACGCCCAUUUCCAGAGCAUACUCCCCAUGGGCAAGCAUCUCUCCCAAGUCUGCAGGGCGUACAAGCAGCACUUUGGGCCAGCCUUCACAGCAGCCGUCCCUUGGCUCAGCAACAUCACUCUUGUUGCCUGCCGUGAUAAGGCGAUAACAAGUGGUGCACGCCUAGGGCUUAGUCAUAGGGAUUUCGUUCUUGGCAAGCUUUUAUCGAAAUCCAACAUGGUUGAGUAUGCCUUGGGCUUGCCGUUCCCUUGUUUGCAGUACAUCAAGAAUGGUUUUACACUGGUUGAAUGAUAUACUUUUUUGGGAAUUCGAAUGAUGUAAGGAUAUUUCUUC